AUGAUUUUAGAAAUUAUAUCAAGUGCCAUCAACCUAAAAUGUUCACUACGUGAUACGCAUUUAAAAAAAAUGAAUACAUUGCACACGGCUAAAGUAAUGAUAUUGCAAGAAGUCAAUGAACCAGUGCUAAAUAUGGCCGUAUCAAAAGCGGCUACUCUGAUGGGAGCCAAUGACGUCACUAUAACUGACAAUUUGCUUUGGGAAUGUGACUAUCUAGGCAGAGUAUUCUCCUUGAUGUGCGACAUUAUAUUCGUAUCCACGUCAACGCAUAAAUGUGUGGAACGGUUUGCAAGACAAUCCACCGUUCCAGUGCUGUGCAUGAGGUCACGAACGCAUGCGAGUUUGCAAGCGUUAGCGACGGUGAUGGCAGUAAUCGAGGAGUACGGUACAAUGCAUCGCGUGAAUGUGUCGUAUCUGGGCGCGCCACAUCCAGUCCUCAACUCUUAUCUGUUGCUGUGCCCAUUGCUUGGUGCAAAUAUCAAGUUCAAAUGUUGCUGCUCAAAAUCUCCAGUCAGUCCGCUCCUCUAUAAGACGAGUCAAGAGAUGACUUUAAAAACACGAACAUCAAUAAUGGCAUGUUCAAAUAAGGAAGAUGUGCUCCGGAAUGCUUGUGUCAUCAUAGCUGGUCCUACACACCACAAAAAAGACGAAAUCAAAGAAUUCAAAUUUGAUGAUGAGGAUAUACAGAGGUGUUCCUACUGUCGGUGGAUAUUCUUUCACACUUUACCAAGAGGUCCCGAAGUAAAUGACAAUCUUUUUUCACAUGCAAAUGCAAGGACUUACAAUGCCUUUGACAACAUGCAAUAUAUUGCCUCUGCAUUAAUGGCCAAAGCUAUAAAUGGGCAUUGCUUUUGA